UGGGUGUGGGUAUCUGCUUUUCCUUGGAAGAGAGUUCCCCCAUAAUUAACCCUGCAGCAAACCCAAGCUGCUUGCCUCAGCAUAAAAUCGAUUUGUGUAGGAAAGACCCAAUAUUUUUUUUCCCCCAAAAAAAAGAAAGGAAAAAAGAUGGACCUGCGACCUUUCGAGAGAACUGGUCUCCCUCCAAAAUGCAGAGCAUCUGGAAAGCAAACCGCCAAUCCCUCAUUUUAAACCCACAGAAGAGGGAAAACAUAACUUGGGAGUCUUGAGAGAGAAAAUUGCUACUUUAGGUUAAUAUGGAAAGCUGGGGUCUAGUUUAUCCAAGCUGACUGUUUGGACUUUGCUUAUGGCAAAUGACAGAGAGGAGUACGGUUGGUUUGGAUCAGCUGCUUUUUCUUCUGGAUUGUGCAGUCUUUUUCUGGAUGCUGAAGAUUAAUUCAACUUCUAAAGUCCACCUCUGUCCACUUGGGUUGGGGUUGCAGCACGUAUACAUUUUCUGGAUGUUGGACUCUGUCAUUUGUCAACACUGAUUCUGGAUUGAAUAUUUGUGCUAACAAGUUAUUUUUCUAGAUUUUGGCAGCCCUCCAAAUUACUUUUUUUGUUGUUGGAAAAACACUGCUUUUUCUGGAUUAUAAAGGGUGUGGAAACAACAUCAUGUGGAAUUCCUCAAAAUUUACAAAUGAUUUUGGGGGUUUUCUGAAGAGCCUCAAGUUUCCCAUGCUUUGAAAAAGUUAAAAUUAUGAUGUGCCAUCUCCCCCAUCACCACAUCUCCCCUGUAGUUUGAGGGAGAAAACAUAGGUCUUUCUUAGGCAAUGAGCUUAAAUUAAUGUGCAUCGUGAUUUUUGAAAUUUGAUUUUUGUCAGUAUUAGCAUUUUCAAGCUUCACGUCUCCUGAAGAUUUGGAGCUUUCUGCAAAGCAGACUGGAUUUGUACACAGACGUUUUUAUUAUUAUUAUUUGGGAGGAAAACUGGAUCAAACCUCAGGAUUUAAUGAAGAAUUUAGUGUCCUGGGGCCUGGAGAAAGUCUGCAAAACAUCUGGAAAUUUCAAGACGUGGUAAAUACUGCCUGCAUUCUCAGGAAAAAAACUGACCUGCUGGAUGUGUGUGUGUGCUUUUUUAAUCUAUUUCGGAUAUGGUAUUUUGGAUAAGUAGGAAAGUUUGUUAGCAUCUGUGGAUCUACAGACUCUGCUGGCAAGCCUUUUGGCUUGAAAGGAAUAGCUCAGGCUUUCUGGAUUUCAUGACGAUGCAAAAAUCCCUGGUCGUUCUUCUGAGCGUGCCAGGUUUUUUUUAAACAAGGACCUUUGGAGAGAAGUACAGUAUUGCAAAUGCCUCUGUUUUGGGUUGCAAUUCCACUCUGUGGUUGCAACACAAGCCCAUGUUCCAACUUGUUACUCUUUCGCCUCGCCUGCCUCAUCAAUCCAUGCAGCCUGCACGGCCUGGAAGCAGCCAGGCCUACUCAGAUGGUUUUUCUGGGAAGCUUUUGCUGACCAAGAGAUUUGGGAAGGCUUACAAAAACUUCUGGGGUGUGGGGCAAAGAGAAUUGCAAAUUGAAAGUGGCUGGACUUCUGAGAAACCAGACUCUAGCAAUCAAAAGAGUUCGGUUGGAAAUUACCUUUCCCUCCCACUUUGCGUUGGGAUAGUGUUUUGCAACAAAUUUGCCAACUUCUGUUGUUUUUGUUUUUUUUAAGAAACUCUUGUUUUGAAUCUGUUCUUGCUUCUUCCAUCCCCAAAGCAUUGGAUAUAUAUUUUUCAAGGAUAUAAGAAACCAGUGUUGAAUUUCUCAGGAAUCUCUUCUUCGUUUCGGAACAACCGAGUGCAUGGACAAAUAAUGCACCUAGAGGCAGGGAUAUUGUUUUCAGAAGCCGGGGGAACAGAGGCGUAAUCUUCGUUCACAAUCUCCUGGGUCUGUGGUUGUUCCUUUUCCACUUCUCGGUGUUCCACACCCUGCCUUUUGCGAAGCAACAUGUCUGUAAGUAUGCUCAGCUAGGAAAGAGAGCCAGAUAUUUAGCUAGCCCUGAGAGCAAAGUCUAGAGUUGAAUCAGGAAUCGAGAGCUCUUUUAACCUUGGACAAAAGAUUUGUUUCGGGGUCACUGGGCCACAGCAUGUUCCAGGUGUACAAACAGUGAAGACUAAGGGGAAAAGUACAUAGCUGUAAAAAAACCUCUCCUGGGAACGUUUGCCAAUGGAAAACCAUUUUUAAUUUCCCUCACAAUUCCCUGCAGAUGUUUAAUCUGUGGGGGGGGGUCCCAAAUUCACCUGAGAUUUUGCUUCAGGUGAAAUUGGAUGGCGUUGCUCAGCUCGUUUGGUUGAAGGGGGGUUGUGGCUUUCACUGGGCCUUGGCCCCAGCACCUGUUUGAAUGCUGAAGCUCAGAAUAGCCAAGUGUCGCCAACUAUAUUCAGUAGGUCUUUGCUUAAUAACGUGAUUUAAUACAUUCGGGGGCAGAGGAUCUGGCUGCUUUUGUAGGUUUGAGCCCCCGGGUCUUUCAACUUUCUCAAAUCAAGGCACGUCUCAAUUUAUUUUAUCUUACUUUCUGCAGCUUUACCAAAGAGAGAGAGAGAGAAGGACAGGGAUCCCUCAGCAGGGACUCUCCCCCUAUAGAGAAACACAUGUUAACUUCUUGAACGUUGCCCUCAUUUCAGAGCAGUCAUGCACCCAACUCCCUAAUGAGAUCAUCCCUGGCAAAGCAUUAUCUGUCAGCACCCAAAUUGGCUCUUUCCCUCCCCCCACCCACCCCUUGAUUGCCAGAUACUCUGAAUUUCUCCUCCAAUACUGGAAUAACAAGGAACAUAUCCUAUUAGUGGCCAAGAUCUGCAUUAUAUUUUAAUCUGAUUAUUUUUAUUGUCGUAGGCCACUUUCGGAACUGGUUUGACUGGAAAGCAAGUUAGCAGUAGCGACAGGGAUCUGGCGCCCUAAGGGCUAUUUUAUCUGCCACCGCCACGCCCCCCCCCCGAAACUCUUCCUAAAUUUUAAUCAAGGGAUCAGCAACACAAUAAAAUGCCCCCUUUUUUGCACAUAAUGUAAAGGUCACUGCUAACCCUACACAGAGCUGACCCAUUGAAAUGAAUGGACCUAAGUUAGUCAUAGUGAUUAACUUCAGUGGGUCUUCUUUUGAGCAUUGGAUACAACCCAUUGCUUUUCAAAGCUGUGGGAGUGAGGGAUUUCCAGAUGAGUCAGUCAUUUCAGCAAAAAACAAACCCAAAGUCUCGAAGAUUUCACCGAUUCAAUGUCACAUCUAUCCUUUGGGAUUUGAAUGUUCACAUUUGCAAGUCAUUCGGAGUGUGAAUAUGCACGUUCCGUAGCAUCUCUUACUAAUGUGCUCUGACUGAUAGAUGAGGCAACUUUACUGUGGAGCCUGGCUGCCAAUUUGUGUUGCGAAAUGCAACUGCCAUCUGGAAAAUGGGUAUAUAUAUAUCUCUGAGCAGUGCAGUCGUACCUUGGUAGUCGAACGGAACCCGUUCCGGAAGUCCAUUCAACUUACAAAAUGUUCGAAAAUCAAAGCACGGCGUCUGAUUGGCCGCAGGAACCUCCUGUGGCCAAUUGGAAGCCACACUGGCUGUUUGGCUUCCGAAAAUCAUUUGAAAACCGGAACACUCACUUCCGGGUUUCGAUCGUUCAGGAGCCGAUUUGUUCGGGAGCCGAGGUGUUCAAGACCCAAGGUACGACUGGAUAAAAUCCCCCUCUUAGGAAGGCAUCUGUUGAGCAAUUCCACCCCAGGAAGCGGGUAAUAUUAAAAAGGGAAGGCAGAUGCAUGCAUCCAAAAAAAAAUAAAAAAAAUCAUGAUACAGCCUUCCUUGGACUAUACCACUUCAGAAUAUUGGGGUGGGAGUGGAGUUUGAAUCCUACUCUGCAACUCUCUGCUGUUUAAAGUGGCAGAGCCCCGCUUCCAAAAGGCAGAGAGGGUUGUACCUGUUUUGUGUGUCUGUUUGUGUCUCUUUGUGUCUGCAUGCACUUCCGCUUAGCCGGUAGCCCCGUCCAGGAGUCCCUGCCACAUUUGGACUUUUGCCAGCCUGUGCUGGUGGCCGUGAAUUAUAAGCUACGACUUGGGAGAAACAGAUGGCAGCCUGGGAUUUAGGGGGAUUUGGGUGUCGAAAGCGAGAGUGUUGGAGAGAAUGCUUUGCUCCGCACCAGAUAGGGGUCUCGCCCUGAGCUCAUUUAUCGCUUCCUGGGUUGCAUCUAACUAACUGGGUUACCGGCAUCUGGGCCCGUCGCUAUCCAGGGUUAACGCAACAGUGUGAACAUCUGCAUUUGGAGCAGCUUUGUCUGGGAAACACCCUGGAUCGAGGGACAACCCUUGUGAUAUAUAUAUAUCCCAUGUGGGGAACGGGUGGGUUCUCCAGCUCCUAGCCAAGGAGUAUAGAACCACAAAAUAUAGAAUCACUAUAGAGUUGGAAGGGACCCCGAGGGUCAUCCAGUCCAACCCCCUGCAAUGCAGAAAUCUUUCGCCCAACAUGGGGCUCUGCCGGCACGACAAAGAGCCAGGGAUGAUGGGGGUUGCGGUCUAUAAGGACGCAGACAUUGCACCAUUGCAGAUUGCAAAGGCAGCGCAGCUGGUGUCCUCUUUUGGGGGAACGAUCUGUCUCCAGGCAGGUGAAUCCCGAGUCAUUUUUAGGGUUGUGCGGAGUCUGGAAGUGGGGGUACAGAAUCUUUGUGUCGCUGUUGAUCCGUAGGUGAAGUUUCGAGCGCCUGUCUUGGACACAGGCUUGUACGCUAAGGGUUUGUUUCCUGCUGAGUCUCGCUGUGUCUGAGCAUCACCCCAAAAGGACAGCAUGUGCCCAUCUGGCUGUGUGGUGGCCUGUCCUUACGGCUGCGUGUUACGUCCUUAAAACUACCACCACGCAGGCAAGUCUGGGCGUUCGCCUCUCUUGGGUACGCUCAAGUGCCUGGGGCCAAAUCAAGAACUGACCCACCCUCCCGAAGGCAUCUCUCUGGCGCUGAUCAAACUUUAUGGCGCUUAAGCAAGCCAGGUCUUUUGUUUGAGGCAGCCGACCCCUUUCCACCUUUCUAUUGACAGUGAAGCUGCCUUAUCAAAGGCCUUGGAGCUAAAUGAAACCUCCCUGCGUCAGGGCAGACAGGGACAAACAGUGUGGAAGGGGGUGGGUGAUCUUUGUGCCUUCCUCAUGUGCUUCCUGGUAGCAUCUGAUGGUGGUUGUGAAAUGCAGGGUGUUCCUGAAAGCUGGGGUCCUGGCUGCCAUUGGGACUACAACUCCCAUCAUCCCUAGCUAGCAGGACCAGUGGACAGGGAUGAUGGGAGUUGUAGUCCAACAGCAGCAUGGGACCCAAGUUUGAGAAAAACACUGGCUAGGCAGACCCUCAAGAACCUCUCAGGUUCUCUCUGUGUGUGAGAUUUGCACAUCCCUGGGAGAAGACUGCAGUCUGUACUGGGAUAUCAUUUCAUGUUUUUGUUUCUUUAAAUUUAUACGCUGCUUGAUUGGGAAGGGGUGGACUUCAAAGCGGUUUGCGAAAAGAGCGAAGAGCGGCGAUUCGAAAAAUAAUUAAAACCAACAGCAAGCUAAAAGCAUAUCAAAGCACACGCCGGCAGUCCACAUAUUUGGGUAGGCUCGCCUAGACGGAAAUGUUUUCAGCAGGCACCCAAAAUUGUGCAGCGAAAGCGCCUUCCUGCUGUCAAGAGGCAGGGAGUUCCAAAGUCCAGGCACUGCCACACAAACGGAACAAGGAUUCAAUGCAGAGCAAGUAUUAGGGGACAUCCAGAGCAAGUUGGGCAGAUUGAAGCAGUCAAGUUGGCAUAUGUGGAGUUUUGUGAAGAAGAUACACCUCAGCUAGCAGAGCAGGAGACUCUUCUUAACCUCAGGGUUGUGGGUUCGAGCUCCACAUUGGGCAAAAGAUUCCUACACUGCAGGGGGUGCAUAGCUGUCAACCAUCCCUUAUUUGGCAGGAAAGUCCCUUAUCCCAGCGCCGUGUCCCGCUGCUGUCCCUUAUUGAUGAUGUCCCUUAAAUUUCCCGGGUUUCAAAGGAAGCAGCUCCUCUCCCUCCCUCCCUCCCUGCCAGCCAGGGAGGAGGGAGGCUCCCACUGGGUUGCUUGGCUGCAUUGCUCACCCAAUAAGGAGCCUCAGAACGACUGGGGGGUGGAGCUUGCAUGCCUUGUGCCGAUCAAAUCGGCCGCAUUGCCUGGGGACUCGCCUUUGCUCAGCGCUUCCCAGCGGAGAGGUGACGGUUUUCAAAUCUGUAAGUUGACAGCUAUGAGGGGGUGGGACUAGAUGACCCUCGUGGUCCCUUCCAGCUCUGUGAUUCUGUGAGCUCAUAUAGAGAUGUAGUGACUUCAUCAGCAUUUUGAGGGAUGCCUGACCUGCCCUCUGCUUCCGCCAGGCCCAGCUCUGCCGCGCCCUGUACGACAACGCCGCCGAGUGCCCGGAUGAGCUCUCCUUCCGCAAAGGCGACUUGAUGGUCCUGCUGCAGCCCGAAGCCCCGGGCCUGGAGGGCUGGCACCUCUGCUCCUUGCACGGGCAGCAGGGGAUUGUGCCAGCCAACCGGGUCAGAGUCCUCCCCGAGCCAGGGUCUCCAGGGCCCACCCCUCGCCGGAACCACGUCCCAGCAGACGUCUACCAAGUGCCCAGGAAGGAGGCGGCAGCGGCAGCGGCCGGGACGGCCUACGAAGCGCCCCAAGAUGAGCGGAGGAGGAGGGGGCGCAGGAAGGAGGAGCAGGAGGUGAGGAAUUUGUUUAUUGACUCUCCAGAAUUUCAGAGGGGGAAUCUCUCCUGGGCCCUGCUUGGAGCUGCUGUCAGAAAUCAAACUUGGGACCCUCCGCAAUGCAAAGCAGAUUGAGCUCUAUUUCCUAGAACCCCAAACUACAGCAAACCUUGAGAUUUGAGGCCAAUAUUCCACUAGGUGUAACCCAGGGUGUGGGUGGGUGUGUGCAGCUACUGGUUUCUUAGCUCCACCCCUUCUCUUUUAGCCACGCCCCCUUUAGCGCUGCCACCUCCCCUUGACAUUCUUGUCGUUAUUAAUUAAAAUUGUAUACUUUACCCAUAGAUCUCGGGGUGGUGCACAACACAAAUAUAACAAACACAAAGUACGCAGUGAAAAAUAAGAACAAUGACGAACCAAUAAUUCCCCCGUCCACAACACAUUUAAAAGGCCGUGGAAUAUUAAAUCAGCCAAAGGCCUGGUUGAAGAGGAACGUUUUUGCCUGGUGCCUAAAGGUGUAUAAUGAAGGAGCCAGGCAAGCCUCCCUGGGGAGAUUGUCUCACAAAUGGGGAGCCACCGCAGAAAAGGCCCUGUUCUCAUGUUGCCGCCCUCCGGACCUCUCUGGAGUAAAUUUAUUUAAAGCAGCCUUCCCCCACCAGAUGUUUUGGCCCUCAACAUGGCUGAGGCCAGUGGGAGUUGUUUUCCCUUUUUUUAAAAAAAACGAUAUUUAUUGAUUUUCCAUUUUAUAACAUAUAAAUACAAUCUUUGUUUUUUCACAUAAGUUCAAACACAUUUGAGCUCAUCGACUUCCCCCCUUCCCACCUCAUGGUUUCUUUAUUUCUUUGCUGUAUCGUCACAUUUGUAAUUUCCCCGUUUUUACCUUACAUUAUUCCCUUGUCCUAUUUAAUUUUUCUGUAAAAAGGUAGAAUUUUCAGCCUUAUAAGCCUUUGUAAGUCAUUCCUGCCAGUGUUGUUUUCCAAAACACCUGGAGGGCACCAGGUUGGCGAAGGUUGCUCUUAAGGUAUUCCUCUGGGACUACGGCCAAAUCUCACGGCUUGUACUGGCUGGCUUUUGUUACUGCAAAACAAUCCCAACCAUGAACCUCAGGAUGAAGUCCUGGUUUGAUUUCUCUCUCUUCCUCCUCCACCCCCAGGUUUAUGAGGUGCCACCACCCGCCAGACCCUGCCCUCUGCCCCCCGAGGGGAUCUAUAGGGUGCCUCGCAGCACCAGACGAGACGGGGACCCUGCUGAGGUUAGUGCUUACACUCACCGGGAGAAUUGCACGAUGAAAUCCGAGCGGCUGGCUACAUUAUUGUUGACCGCGAUGGCGUACUGUGUUUAGUUAAUUAACACGUUUUUUAAAAUCACAAUCCCUUCAAGGAGAUCGGAGAUAUGCACACGGUUCAUCCCUCUCUCUUCCGUCCUCUCAACAACCCUGAGAGGUAGGUCGGGAGAAGGCGUGUGACUGGGAGCUUCAUGGAUGAUUUGGCCUCGGUCCUGUAUAUCUGAAGGAGCGUCUCCACCCCCAUUGUUCUACCCGGACACUGAGGUCCAGCGCCAAGGGCCUUCUGGCGGUUCCCUCACUGUGAGGUUACAGGGAACCAGGCAGAGGGCCUUCUCGGUGGUGGCACCUGCCCUGUGGAACGCCCUCCCACCAGAUGUCAAGGAAAUAAACAACUAUUUUACUUUUAAAAGACAACUGAAGGCGGCCCUGUUUAGGGAAGUUUUUAAUGUCUGACGCUGUAUUGUUUUUAAUAUUCGGUUGGAAGCCGCCCAGAGUGGCUGGGGAGACCCAGUCAGAUAGGCGAGGUAUAAAUAAUAAAUUAUUAUUAUUAUUUGAAGCCAGGUCUUCUUGGCUGUCGUCUGACACUUCAAUCACAGCGCCACACUUCCUGUAGGAUUGGCACAGGGACUGCAGAUGGCGGAAGCAGCAUUUUUCAGUUGGAAAAAGGGCUUCAGUUUGCUGGGUGCCUGCAGACCAAAGUUUAAGGACCCCUGUUUCCAACUGGAGGCGGGUUGGGGCAGGGAGCCAUUGCAAAGCACUAACGAUUCCUGUGUUGCCGCGGGUUGGGCUAGAUGACCCUCAGGGGUCCCUUCCAACUCAACGACGCUUUUGUAUGCAAUGUCACAGUAGUAAGGCUCAUAAGAGCCUUCCGCUUUGUCGCACUAGCAGUACACUCGUUCGAAAACUAGCCCACUAAUCCCUCAGCUCCCAGGGCUUUCCCCCCACCCGGAGUCCUGUUUUAACCUUUUCCCAAGGGUGAAGGCCCUGCCUUGUAGCCCAAGCUGUGGGUGGGAAGAUGCAUUUGAUAACCAUGCCAUUUAAGACAACUGGGAUUCGGCUGCCUGCUGUCGAGCAUCCCCCCUCCGUUAGAGAGCUGCCUUUGUGGACAGCUGGACCCGUCUGUUGCUAAAGACAGCUGCGGCCGUGCCGGUCUCCGAGGGUAACUGUAUCUCAGCCCAAAUGCGGAGACUGCUGUCUCCGGACCAAACCAGUGUCCUUUUCAGCCCCUCAGCUGAGGCAGAGGUUGCCCUAGAUGGAUGAAAGCUUGGUGGGGAGUGGCAGGUGGGGUUGGUUAGAGAGGGGGCCAGUGGACCUGAAGGGCUGAAUGUAAGAGAUACACUCUUGAGUUUGGGGGUGCCGAGUGUGUGGGUCUGUGCCAAAGGAUAGGGGGCAGCAUCAUGGGGGAACAGGCCACAGAAAUCUGCCAUGGGGCUCUUUGGGUUUUGGGGGGGGGGGCGUCUCUUCAAGGCGAAUUUGUUUGGGAUCGGGAAGCCGGGAACGGCUACUUAAAAUGGUAGGAAUGUCAGACGCCAUCGUAUACCAAGUUAAACCAUCUAGGUCAGAAGUGUCCCUAUUAGGGGUAGGCAACCUGCAGCCCAUGGGUCAGUCAUGGCCCACCAGGGGUAUCGGUUUGGCCCACAAGGCCAUAUCUUCAAAGCCAUGCCCACUUGUCAAUCAGUUGGCAUCGCUCCAGUGGGCAGGUGACGCUCACUAAGAGGUGGGGUUCAAUUCUGUUUUAGCCGGUUCUUUGCAGGGUUUCCCCCCCUCCCGCCCUACCCAUCUGACCUGUGCCCCUUGGAGGUUUGCCCAUGAUGAGAUAUACCCUCCCCCUACUGUCAAGAGUUUGCCACCCCUGUUGUCAACAAUCCAGAAAUCCCCUCUCUCCCAAAUCUGUUGUUCUCCUCCUUUCUCUCUUGUUUCCUGGAGUUGAUUAACACAGUACAGAAUUCCUGGGAGGCUACUAUUUCAGUCUGAUGUUAGGGGGUUGUAUAUAUCCAAGCACUUCCCCAUAUCUCCAGAUAAGACACCUCCUCCUAUAUACAUAGAAACAUAAGGCUGUUGUCAUGCUAGAGUUUGAAUCCAGAGUGACAGCAGAAAGGCAGGCAAACAAGCAAGGAGCGGGGGAGGGGGCAGGUGGCCCAGGCAAGCUGUUUGGCAAACCCCUCUCUGAAGCGCCACCCCCUCUUUAAAAAGGGUUGUGGGGGGUUGGGCAAGCUGUGUGGGGGUAGGCGAGAGGAGGGGUGAAGUGUAAAGGGAGAAAGGGCAGGCUAGGUGUUUGGGAAACAGGGUUGGCAGGUAAGCGGAGUUGGUAAGCGGAGCAAAAAGGGACAGCAAGUGUGUGUGUGUCCCCACAAGUAGGUGAAGCCUUGAACCUUCUCACAAGCAGGCUAGUUUUCAACAGGUGAGGAGAUUUUGAUGUGAAGAAACACUCAGAGGUGCGACUCCUCAUUCCCUCCGUGAAACAGUGCACUCCAAGCAACGUUAUAAAAAGUGACGGAUAUGAACCCAAAGUUUGGCGUUUCCACCCAGCAGCUUAAACCUCGUUCUCUCUCUCCUUCGUCGUCAUCAUCCCUAUUCUGCUGUGCUCCUCAGGUUUAUGACGUCCCCUCCUCCCUCAUCCGAGACUCUCUGUCCGACACCUACGACUCGCCUUCCCCUUGCCCGAAGAAAGUGGCCCGUGUUGCCCCUCAGCCCUCAGCCCCUCCGCCCUCCGACGACCCCUACGACGUGCCCCUCGCCUUCAAGAAGCCCGCCGGUUCAGAGGAGGACGGAGACGCGGAUGACGGGGGCCCAGAGGGGCCCCUCGUCUACGCCACCCCUUCAAACCUGCGUCGCGCCUCAGCCUUGCUGAACUUGUACGAGUCGCCCGAGGAAGUGUUGGCGGGAGGCGGAGAAGAGGAAGAGGACGGGGGCAUCUACGACGUCCCUCUGCUGGCGCCCGGCUCCCCGCCCCUCGAGGGGGCGCUGCAGGGACUGAGCUUGCGGGAUCCGGGACCCCCUUCGAGACCCCGUUUGCCCUCAGCCGAAAGCCUGUCGCGGCGCCCCCUACCUGCCCUACCCAGCGAGGAACGGCUUUCCGUCGAGCCCCCGCCGCCGUCCCCGAGUAUUGUGCGGAAAGGGAGCAUCCAGGACCGCCCUCUGCCCCCGCCCCCACCCCGGCUGGGGGGUCUUGGGGCAGGAGAGCAGCUGGAGCAAGUCGCAGAUGACGGGCACAACGAAUACGAGGGAAUCCGCCUGGCGGAGGAAUACGACUACGUUCACCUUAAGGUGAGUUCAGCGGUGAACGGCUUGCCGCAAUGUGUGUGGGUCAGCCUUUGACCCCAGGGCCAAGGCAGGGUCAGAAACCCCUUCAUCGUCACUCUGGGUUUGCAUUUGAUCCGACAAGGCUCUCACGCGCAAAAAUUGUUUGUUUUCCUGCACUGAAAUUAAUUGUUUUUGUUGGUUUAAUUGUAUUGCUGUUGUUAUUGUUCUUUCAGUGAAGUUCAAUAAGUGGCGGUGAUUUUCCAGGAUAGUGAUGGGGAAAGCUAAAUCUGCUUAACCGCUGAAUGGCAGGCAGAAAUCCAACAGGUUUUUCCAUCACUGUAUCCUCACUCUGAAAAUCCCAAGGGAUCCUGGGAAAUGGGAUCAGCGUUCUCUAAACAUAGCAUCCUCAUGAAAUGCAAUCCCUUGGGUGUCUUGACGGCUGAACCAGAUUUUAAAACACCUGAGCCACAUUUGCAGUGAAGCUAUGCUCAGUUCUGCUUCCAUCUCCUAAGAACCAUUAAAAUUAUUAUCACCACCACCACGUUUCUGUGGUCUUCACCCAAAAUCUGUGGCAUAAAAGCUUAGCUGUGUAUCAUUUACAUGGUGUUUUUUAAAAAAAAAUUAGAAAGAAAGAUUUGUACAUUGCUUAAUCACAAAGCUCUAAUAAAUAAAACUACCUGUGAAACACAGCUGAAGAGUACGAAACUGUCACCGAAACAAAUAUAUACAAGAUAAGUAUCAAUAAAACAAAUGAAAUUGGUAAAACUCUUAAAACAAAGAGAACUACAUUAUAUGUUUGAGGAGGCAGAUCUUUGAGCAGAGGGUCUCAUUCUGUGUGGAUAGCUAGAUUGUGUAGCAAUUUCGGAGGUCAAAUAAAAGACUUUCCCCCCAAAAGGCAUGGACCAUGGUACAUUCCCGCCAAACACGAGACCGUUAUGUUUCUCAAGGAGACUGGGAAAGGGGUGGGGGGACAGGGUCAAACCAUAAUAAGGCAUGAAGCAGCAGGAACAGGUUGCAAGGACCUGUGAAGGCUACCUGAAUGUACUGGAUAAGUGGCUGGUUUCUGUGUUGUGUUACUGAUGGCAUUUUCUGGAUCUUUUGAUACAAAAUUUGAUCUUCUUUGGAGACCAAGCACCUCAUCACCUUCUAAGCUUUCUGUUCCACUUCCCUUGCACACAUACCUACAAUCCUGCCUCUCUCUUUCUUCCCAGGGAGCAGAUAAAACCCAGCCCAAAGCUACAACUUCUGAAGGAAGCCUCGGACUCGCCCUUUCUGCAGACACAGCCCAGGCUGAAGAAAUGGUACGUCUCGCUUUUUAAAAUGUCUUCAGCUUAGGCUGGGGACGGAUGCCAGCAUCUCCUUAUGGAAUUUGUCCUCCCUGUGAGGCAGGCCUCUUGGUUUUUUGGGGUUUCCCCCCUGCCAAAGGAGAGCCGAGACCGUGAAGAGACUCUGCCAAGGCCAAGGUGGGGUGGGACCUGGGUGGCGCUGCAGUCUAAACCACUGAGCCUCUUGGGCUUGCCGAUCAGAAGGUCGGUGGUUCGAAUCCCCGCAACGGGGUGAGCUCCCAUUGCUCUGUCCCUGCUCCUGCCAACCUAGCAGUUCGAAAGCACGCCAGUGCAAGUAGAUAAAUAGGUACCGCUGAGGCGGGAAGGUAAACGGCAUUUCCGUGCGCUCUGGUUUCCAUCACAGUGUCCCGUUGUGACAAAAGCGAUUUAGUCCUGCUGUCUGCAUGACCUGGAAAGAUGUCUGUGGACAAACGCCAGCUCCCUUGGCCCGAAAGUGAGACGAGCACCGCAACCCCAUAGUCGCCUUUGACUGGACUUAACCGUCCAGGGGUCCUUUACCUAGAGGUGGGGUUCUAAGAUGGUCUUCCCACAAACCACACUCUUGGUCCAGCAGUGUGCAUGACACACAUGCACCCUUAAAAUAUAAGCAGGCAGAGGGGGAAGGUGGCUGCCAUCUUGAAUUUCCCAUAAUGCCCUGGGAGGGAUGCUACAUAACUGCACUUGGUUAUGUCUCAAGAGCCAAGGAGACACACAUACAACAAGGCGGCUACAGAUGAGGCAGUUAGCUCCCACUGAAGCCUUAUGUGGACCAGGAUUUUGCUAGGCUCUUCCUCCCAGUCAAAAAUUUGGUGUCCUCCAGCCAGGAAGGCCCAAAAUAAGACACAAGCAAGAAGUGGAGCCUUUUUGACAGCUUGUGGGCCAUGUUCCAGGGCCAGAGGCAGCAAGUGGAGGCAGCCACAGACCCUUAAUUUCAGCUUAGAAGGCCAUAUUCCAGCCACACAGAAGCACUUGAGGACAGUGUGGAGCAGGGCUAAGGAGGGGCAUGGCCUAGAGAGAGACCUGAGGGCCUGAUGUGAGGGCAUGGAGGGCCUGAGACUCCUGUCCCCCCCACAAGGAAGAAGCCCGGAUCUCAUCCUCACUGGGUUCCUCUGACAUGUGCAAUGUAAGAGAUCCUCUGAUAGUUCUGGGGCAUUAUGGGAAAUUGGAGCAGCAACGAGGGACAGAGAAGAGCACCAGAGAAUUUUGAGGUCCUUGCCCUCAAAACCAUCAAAUUGCCCCCCUCAAGUCUUCUCUUGUGCCAGUGAGGGAGAUUUUCGUUCUGUUGUAAAAAGCAUGCCACUUAAAUAAGUCUCCCCAUGUUUGAUCUGCUUGAAUUUUCAGAAUUGCACACAGACAUGUUUCUCUGGCGCCCAAUGGGAAAGAUUUUCCAGGCAAAGGAAUCAGCCAGCCAUCUCUCAUCUCUGAAAAUAAUGCACACAAACACACAGCCAGAGUGAACAAAAUGGCAGCCGUCUUAAUCUUUUUCUCUUCGGUUUAUAGGCUCCGCCUUCCCCUGAGGACAGCCAGCUUCUGCAAUUCUACACGGGCCAGUGCCAGACGCAUUAUACCACCCUGCUCUCAGCCAUCGAGGCGCUCCUGGCCAGCGCCGGGGCCCACCAGCCCCCGUGGGUCUUCGUGCCCCACGGGAAGUUCGUCAUCGUCACGGCGCACAAACUGGUCUUUGUGGGGGACACCGUGUCCCGCCUGGCGUCCUCUGCCACCGUGCGGGCGAGGGUGGGGGCAGCGAGCAGCACCCUCUGCCAGGCCCUGAAGGACGCCGUGCUCUCGGUCAAGGGGGCUGCCUUGCACUACCCCUCGCCGCCCGCCGCCCGGGAGAUGCGCGAGUGCGUGGCAGAGCUCUCCCGGCAAGCCUUGGCCUUCACUUCCUUGCUUGGCACCCUGGCGCCAUCUUGAAUCCCGCGUCAGUGCCGAUUCGCCACCAGCAAACUCCUGCCCUGAAGCUGUGAGACACUACGACCCCCUCCUGUGGCAAUAACUGCAGCGCUGCUUGGUUUUCUGGAACCGAGCAGGCCCGAACCUGCCCCCCGGAUAACUCAGGCCCUCACCUAAAAACAAACGUUUCCCUUGGGUUCCAGCUGCCAUCUUGUCAGGGCCUUUUAACCCCCAUGGCGUUCAGCGCCUGCAGCCAGAAGCAACGUUUAGUGACCUUCGACCCUCGGGUGCUCAGUUUCGACCCACAGAGGAGACAGCCUUGCUCGACUUCAUGACAAGAAAUGGUCCUUGUCCGUGCCAGACCUUUGCCUAUUUGCUUUCACUCCCUCGCCCUUGCACCGGCCACCAGCCAUCUUGGACGGUUUCCUAACCAAAGAACGUUCUGGACCUUCGGCCUUUGACCCAACACUGCGCAUCAUGACACCCAUUUCCCUGCUCCAGUUAGGUUUUGCUAAUUCUGACAUGGGUUCCUUCCUGAAAACAUCGAGGGUUUCUCAGAUGCCCCUCGAUAAAGAUGGUGGCUUGAGGUCGUAAGACCAAAGACACGUCUCCCCGCUGGCUCUUCAUAGACUUGACAACAGUUCUUUAAGAGUGCAAAAAAACCCCAAAACCCCUGAAUGGGAAAGGAGCUGAAGGGAGACAGAAUUGAUGGGAAAUGACCCUUGUCAUCCUGUAACAAAAGAUUCUGGAGCAAUGGCUGGAGAAAGAGGGGGGAUUGGGAGAAUGGCCAAUAUUGCUGCAGCAGAGAGGGUUAUGGGAAAUUGCCAACAGGGGCAAAAGAAAACAAAAUGCAGAGAGGCAGCCAAAUGUGAAAAGAAGCAAAUGAAUCUGGGGCAGGAAGGAGGAAGCUGAGGGUGAACAGGAAACGAUAAAAAAAAAGUGGACAACGGGGACGGGUCAGUAUGGACACUAUUACGAUGCACAGUGUGAACUAGCAACACAAAUAACUGGUCAGGGGGGUUAUUGAGCCACUGCUAGGUCAGCGGAAUAGAGCCAGCACCUGGAAGGGGUCAGUAAUCUUAAUAAUAGAAGUCCUUCAGCUUGAUCUAUGGAUUCAUUCCUCAGGUUUGUUGUCUUCCUCUGAAAAACCCCCCUCUAGAUAUUGGAUAGCCGCCAGACAAUUCUGCAGUUUACAGCAUCCGGCCCCACCUGCUCCCUGCGAAGACCCUCAUCUCACUUCCUCACCAGGAAACAAGCGGGGUCAAGAAUCUCUCUCUCAGGAAAUAUUUGCCAAGUUAUUUUCUAGGUUUGAUCAUAAUAAAAAUGGGUGAAAAAACAAACACCCAUGUUGUGUUGCUUCCUUCCACAUCCUGAGUGGUUUCCCUCUCCUCUCCC